AUGGAACCCAAACAAGACACUGGAUUGGUUACUAUUACUCGAGGGGAGUAUGACCAGUUUCUAUCCCAGCAACAGGCUGUUCCCUCUCCCUCCAUGGCUACUUUUGUCCUGUCAGGUAUUCCUUCUACUUGUUUAUUGUCCUCCAAUCAUAGUUCCUGGAUCAUAGACUCUGGUGCUUCUGAUCACAUGACUGGUGCGUCUGGUAUUUUUUCUACUUAUCAGUCUGCUACCUCCACACGUAGUGUUACUCUUGCUAAUGGCACUUGUUCGAAAGUUUUAGGUUNUAUUUCGAAGUGGUGGUGUGGUGGCGUGAUCGAUCGUCGUGGUGGUGUGGUUGUGGUGGUCGUGGUGCUGUCUGGCGCCGUCGAAGACCAGAGGGUUCCAAGGGAACUCUAUUCAGCGAAGAAGAAGGAGCCAGGGUCGGGUUUGGAUCAGAUCCAAACUAAGACCAAGUCUUAA